UCGAAAUUAUGUUGCUACAUACUUAUGUGGGCAAUGGAAGAAUGAAUGUCUCAAAUAAUUACUUAUCAAUGUAUUUAGAAAAAUUGCAAUUUUAAUGCAAUUUUAUGCACCCUGUUUCCUCACGCCCUUCGCCCUCACCUUCCUUCCUUCCGUGCACAUGGGAAACCAACACGCGUUCUGAUUAAUUAGCCAAACUCGUUAAUCAAGUUCAUAACCUUUUUUAAUGUCGAGGCAUCAACACCUUCCUCAAUAAUCAUUUUAAUAAGUAUUUAAUUGGCAAUAAUGUCAACCCCUUUAAUUUUGUGGUGUUUAUUAAUUAUAACGAUAAAGUUGACAGAGGGACAACACCCGGUACCUGGAAGGUGUCCAAAAGUUGAGCCGUUUAAAUAUAUCGACGUCCAACGGUAUGGCGGGUUAUGGUACGAAGUGGAGAGAUUUUUCUUCCUCCCUGAAGUAACCGGAAGUUGCAUCACUGUGAACUAUGACCCUCAGAAGGAUGGCAGUUUGGCAACGACGAUUCGAUUAAAGGAAUCUGUGACCGGCAAGAAAUUGGCGUUUCCAGGAAACACGAUUUUCCUUGAUUCUACCCUAAACAAGAAUUUUACCAUUGGGAACAUGCAGUUGACUCUGGAGCUUUUUAACCCAAUUCUACCACAACCAAAAUUUCAGUACACGUACAGCUACAAAUUAGCGGAUACGGAUUAUGACAAUUACAUCAUCAAAUUCGGAUGCGUUUCACUCCUUGCAGUUCAUUUUGAGAGCGUUUGGAUCUUGUCUCGAUACCCGAGUUACCCGGCCCGGGUAGAACGGCUCGUGCACAAUAGUCUCGAUCGACUAGGGAUCGACAGGUCACUCUUGGUCAGGAGUAAAUGUGACGAAAUUCAGGAAACGCCCAAAGUCUUCUUUCCCACUGAAUACCACCACCACCACUAAUAUUUCAUUUUAAAAUAAAUAUCCGUUAAUAAUUUAUCCCAGCUAUAAUUUAAUCUUUGUAAUAAACUGUGUUAUAAUAUUGUAAAAGUACAAAAAACAAGAUUUAAAUAUAUCCCAUAUGUACAUGUACAUGGAUUUUAAUAAUAAAAUAUUAUGUACAUC